AUGUCCGGCUCAGAUAACAAGUUUCUCCAGGGCGCUUAUGCCCCCGUCGCCGACGAGAUCGGUCCUGCCAGCAUGAAGCCCAUCGAGGGCACCCUGCCCGAGUGCAUGGAGGGUGGAAUGUACAUCCGGGUUGGCCCAAAUCCUCCGCCAGAGCUUCUGAAGAAGGGCAUGCUCUAUCACUGGUUUGACGGCGACGGAAUGGUCCAUGGCGUCCACUUCCCGAGAGAGAACGAUGCAUCGUACCUCAAUCGAUACGUUCAAACCAACAUUUACACAGUCCAGAAGAAAGUGGGCUACCGCCCCUUCCCUGGCCUGGGCGGGUUCUCCAAGCCGGAUCCUUUCUCGCUGACGUCAGCUCUCAUCAAGUCGUAUAUCGGGCGGCAGUACUUGCCCACCCAGCAACUCGCCACGACGGCCAACACUGCUCUUGUCUUCCACGAUGCUCGCGUUCUCUCGCUCAUGGAGGCUGCUCCGCCUUACGAACUCACCGUCCCGGAGCUCGAGACCCGAGGCGAGUACAAUUACAACGGCAAGUUCACCGAGGAUCUGUCGACGGCCCAGUUCAGCGCACAUCCCAAGGUUUGCCCCGAGACCGGCGAGAUGUUCACGUUUGGAUAUCGUCUGUCGGCGCUACCACCGAUCCACUACUCGGUGAUCAAGCCCGACGGCGAGCUUCUACUUCUCAAGAAGCCCAUCGAGGGCUUGCGAGUGACUAUGAUGCACGACUUUGCCAUCACCCGCCACUACGCCAUCUUCAUGGAUCUUCCCUACAUUGGCGAUGUCACUCGGCCGAUGACCUUCAAGGGUGCCGUCCUUGAGUACGACCCAACGCUGCCCUCUCGAUUCGCCAUCCUGGACCGCUAUGGCGACGGCGAGAUUCGCUGGUUUGAGGAUCCCGAUGCCUGCUAUGUGUACCACACCGCCAACGCCUACGAAGAUGGCGACGAGGUGGUGCUGCAGGGAUGCCGCUACCCCGACGGCCCUGUCCUCGAGAACAAUGCCAAGAUCGAGUAUGAGAACCGGCGCCGACGCCGGGCCAUUGUCGUCGAGUGGCGAUUCAAUCUCGCCACCGGCGCUGUCCAGCGACGGAAUCUGAUGGACCAGGAUUGCGACUAUGCUGUGGACUUUCCGGUCGUCAAUCCCGAGUAUUUUACUCGCAAGUGCAGGUACAUUUAUAGCACCGGACUCGCCUCGGAAACCCAGCCCGGUGGCGUUCACAAGAUUGACUGCGAUACAUCCAGCGUCGAAGCAUCGUACUGGUUUGGCGAGGGAGAGCAGGGCGGCGAGAUGUCGUUCGUGCCGCAGGGAAGCGGCAUGGCCCCGGACAGCGGAUACCUCGUCGGAUACGUCUGCAACAAGGAGGUGCUGGUGAGCUACCUCGACAUUGUCGAUGCCCGGUCGAUGAAGCGGGUGUGCCGAUACUUGCUCCCGGGCCGAGUGCCAUAUGGAUUCCAUGGUCUCUGGCUGAACGAACACCAGAUCGAGCAGCACCGCCAGGCCCGGGAGAGCCGCGGCGCACUUGGAGAGAGAAACGGGGCAGCCGAACCACAGGGCUUGACGACAUACCAGUCGGCCUUGGCCUGGCUUGCGCGGUUCUGGUACUAG